AGGAUGUCUACAAAUGUCCAAGUUUCACUUGGAUUUAAUUCAUUGUGCCAGACAGACACACACUAUUCUAAUUUGAAAAAAAAUGUUCAGCGGUAUAAAUUUGGCAAAGACUUUGGCAAUCGCUAUUUGGCUGGUGAGUUUUGCAUGUGCAAACCCAGUUUUAGAUCAAACAGAAAAUGUGAUUCAGGAUGUGAAACCUGAAAUUCCAUCCGACAAUGAAUCUGGAUAUCCUCCAUUUAGACCGAUGUUUGGCAUCCCAUUUAUGAGACGCAUGCAUGGCUGUUGUGGCGGUAGACGACUUCCAGCAGUAAUGGAACGUGUUUUAAUUGUCAAACCUGUGCCUAUUCCAAUCCUUCUAAAUUUAUUGAUCCGUAAAGAAGGUGAUUCAGAUGAUAAUGAGCAGACUGAGACUAAAUUACCAAUUGCACCGGAAGCACAAUCGAAACCUGAUUAUUCAACUUCGGAUAUUCCAUUGGCAAAACAAGGAGUACCAGAGCCAGAAACGCAAUCAAAGCCGAUUGAUGAAUCGACUAUUGAGAAUAAUUCGAUCGACCAGCAAAAAGAUCAACCAAAUGAUACAGUUGACCAAACUAAAGAAGAAUCCAAAGUAGAUGGCCAACAAGAAGAAUCCAAAAGUUCUGAAGUUGUAUACUCGGAUGAUAAUAACAACGAUGUUCAGAAUGGCCAGGAAGCAGUAGUUGCUGAUGAUGAGACGAAAGUCGAUGAAUCAUCAUCCAUAGACAAAAAUGAUGAACAAAAUGAAAAUAAAGUCGAAGAAAACAAAACCGAUGAUGAUACAGCUAAUUAUGAGGACAAUGGUGACGACAGCGAUAAAAAUGACGAUGAUGAAAGCAACUUCAAUGAGCCUACGUAUUAG